GCACACUGAAUAUGAAGGAGCAAGUUACUUCACAUUCCAGGGAGGAGUCUGACCCGGAAUCUCUCAUUCUACACUGUAUCUGUGUUUAUUCUUUGUUCCGGCUUUAGACAGUCUAUGACAGAGCAGCUGGGAUUACUGUACAAGACAUGGCACUGACCGGGCUGCUGCAGAGACUGAACAGUAUGGGGUACAAGAACUGGAUCAAAGCUGGACAUUGUCUGCUGCUUCUUAAAGGCUCCCUGCAGGAAUUCGUUGUAUCAGAAAUGAAGAGUUUUCACAGAGAACUCCGCAGCAAGAUCCCAGCAGCUCUGCAAAAUUCUAGCUGUCAAUGCAAAGCAACGGGGAAAACGGUAAGUACUGAGAGACCAACCCAUCAUAUGUCUUUUAUGGAUUGUAGACACUAGGUUUUAUUUUCUCAAAGUGUAUGGUUUGCAGGAUUGCAGUCUAGGACAGGAUAGGGUGUGAGAGACAUAAAUAGUAAUUGUGGGGUAUAUUUACUAAAGUGGGAAAUUGUUAGAAAUUAUCGUUGGGUUCUAUACACUAAACUCUGAGUUUUGGUGAGAUAAUUAAAAUGUGAAUGGCAAAAAUAUCUGAUCUGAGAUAAAAUAACAUCAACAACUGAGCCAGUAGUCACAGUUUAGCAAUUUUAACUUCAAUGAUGCCAUCCAGAUUUCAUUCAUUACAAUUGGGAUACAAUUACAAUUUUAUUAAAGACACGGAGGCGAGUAUUAUGCUUCUCUUUCUUUAAUUCUCCCUCAGCAGCGAAGAGAGAUAUAUGCAAAUGAGAGAAAAAAUAACAAUAACAUUAGCAUAUGGAACAGUGCUCAUAGGUAUCCACCCCCUUAGUAUAUAAGGUGUAGCACUCCAUGCUUCUUCCUCUUUCUUCGCUGCUCCCUCAGAAGAUAAGUACACUCUCAUAAUUUGAUUUAUAUGUAUACACUGUGGGAUGUUUCAGCAGAUAUUAUAGCUAUUGGAUUUAUAUCCUUGUGGUAUUACUGUGGGGAUACUCCUUAUACAGUUUAUCCCUCCUUUUCUCUGUUUCCCACUUCUUCUUUUCUCACACUGUCUGUGUUUAUUAUUCUGUGUUUAUUUUACUGUGGCCGGUCCCUACUCUAGUCCCUAAGGAUUCAGACUAUUUCCCUCUCCCAGCCCCCUCCCUCCGGUUGGGGCCCCCCCCCCGGUCACAACCUGCCGGUUUUUCGCCCGGGAGACCCAUCGGUCAACCCGCGGCAUUUCCCGGCACUAUUUGCAACACCGCCGGCCGGACCUACUUUCGUCCGCGCGGCGAUCCACUUUCACCUAGUUUCCCGCCGCUCGCAUGCUCCGCGCAUGCGCGGUAGCUCGCGGCGGCCAUUUUCUUGGUUUCUGGUCGCCGGUUUAGGCAGCGGCCAUGUUAUCUCUCGGUUUUUAGUGCCGUUUGACCCCUCCCUCACCGGAUUUCGUUCCGGCAGCCCCCCUACUGGUACAGUUAAUUUCUCUCUGCAUAUUUUCCUGGAAAUAACCUUCCAUCUCCCUGUACUUUUUUUCCGUCCUGUACCUGGGUUAAUCAAUCCUAGUACUGCAUUUUCACUUUAUUUUUUCCUAUUUGUUAUUUUCUCACUUGCACUCUAUUACUCACCAUGCAAUCUGGUGAUAAAUGCCCUGGCAAACAUAGCCCCUCUAUGGCCACUACUGAUCCUGAUACUCAACUCGACCCUGGACUCAUGGGCUCUGAGGAAUUCCAAUCCCUUCUAGACACCACCAUGUCCAAAUCUAUUUCCAAGGCCAUAUCUUCAGCCAUGGGCGCGAUGUCCUCUACCAUCUCGGACUCCAUUACGCAAGCGCUCAAACAGGUACAACCUCACCCUACCCCUGCCUUGACCCAUAUCCCUCCUGAAGGGAGGCUACCAGGGCACAAAGCGCUAACCAAACGCAGACAUUCACAAGACCCCCCCCCCAUGCAGGUUGACCCUGCUCUGAUUGACAUGCCUCAGGCUGUCCAUGAUGGCGCGCAACAACCGCGCAAUAGAGCUUCUGGGCGAGCUACGGCUACCAGAGACUGGAAAAGGGCUAGAGCCCAUGAUAUACUGUCUGACUCAGACGAGGAGGGGGAUGAGGGGUCUGACGCCCCGUACUCUGACCCGUACGAGGACGAGCUCUCAGAGGGUGAAAGCCUCCAGGGAAAGCAGUUCCCCUUGACGGCAACGCGUACCUCGGCUCAUUCAGGGGCGCCCGAGGCAGAAGCAGCCCACGACCCUAAAGAGGUCACGCUAUUCGACCCUGACAACUUAAGACACCCACGCUCUGCCGAGUGGGAACCAUCCGAACACAUCGGCCGAUACCUAGCUCUCAGGGUACGUUAGUCCCUUUCUCAAGAGAGCCGUAAUAAAUUGAGAGCGGAGUACCCCCGACCCAUAAUCCCUGAUGCUGUGGCAAAAACCCCAGAAGUGGACCCUCAGAUAGCCCAGUUUCUAGCCAAAACAGGCUGGAAGGCCAAGAGGGGACUGGACUACUCCCUCCGUAAUUGUCAGGACAAGUUCCUAGACACUCUGGGUCCUGUCACUAAAUUGUACGAACUGCUGGAAGCAGCUCAGUCGGGUGAGGCACCAAUAGAUUUUGAAGUAGCGUUUGGAUGGCUCCAACGCUUGGUCUGCAUGAUCGGCAAUGCCAAUACUGCCAUGUCAACAGAACGCAGGAAGGCCAUCCUGCUGAAAAUCGAACCAAAACCAGGGGCCGCGGCUAAGGGUCUGUUGUUUGGCGAAUCCUUCGUCAAAGACCUGGGCUCCUAUGUCAAAACAUUCACGGAGCUGGAUAAAGCCCAAUCAUCCAUGAAGAGGGUCUUCCACCAAAAGGUUUUCGGUGGGGCCGGUAGAGGUAGGAGCCGUCUAUCCGGCCGCAACCCCCGGGGUUUCUCCAGACCGGGCAGAGGCUCCUCCAACACACAGAGACAGACCCAGGAACGUUCCUACACUCCGUUCUUCCCUUCUCGAGGAAGAUCUUGGAAUGCCCGUGGCGGCAGAGGAACAACCCCAGGAAAACGCCCUUAUGGUGAGUACGAUUUUUCCCCAUUUUUCCCAUAUAAAUGUGGGGGGCAGACUGGCUUUGUUUUCUCAAACUUGGGCCACGAUCACGUCCGACAGUUGGGUACUGCAGACUGUAGAGGGUUACCAACUAGAAUUGACGGGUCUUCCCUUUCAGGUUUCUUCCCCGCGUGUGCCACACAUGCCACAGUCUCACUACGACCUCAUCUCCACGGAGAUAGAGACCUUGUACAACAAAAAUGCCAUAGAGGAAAUCCCUCUAGAUACCCCAGGUUUUAUAAGCAACCUGUUCUUGGUGCCGAAGAAAGGCGGGGGUGUCCGCCCGGUUAUCAACCUGAGACCCCUCAAUGCCUUUAUACAAUAUCGGCAUUUCAAAAUGGAGGGCAUACACUGCCUCCGAGACCUCCUUCUCCCAGGAGACUGGAUGGUGAAACUCGAUCUGCAAGAUGCAUAUCUCACGAUCCCGAUAGCACCAUCACACAGGAAUCUCCUACAGUUCCGGUGGGGCACAAAGAAAUGGCGCUUCUGUUGCCUCCCUUUCGGGCUCUCCUCCGCUCCCUGGUGCUUUACGAAAGUGCUGAAACCAGUGGUAGCAUUUCUCAGAUUACACGGGAUUCGCCUCAUUAUCUAUCUGGACGAUAUCCUCAUACUGUCUGGGACACGAUCCCUUCUGCUGUCACACCUGUCGUGGACCCUUCACCUCCUGCAGAACCUCGGUUUCCUAGUGAACUGGGAGAAAUCGGUACUACAACCUUCUCAACAGAUGGAAUUCCUAGGAUUCCGAGUCGAUUCGGUACAACAAAUCCUGUGCCUCCCUUCAGACAAGAUGUCCAACAUCAAGAAGGAGAUCAAGAGGAUAAUGAACCGUUCAGACAUUCCUCUAAGACAACUGGCUCGGGUAAUCGGCUUACUAGCAUCCUCUAUACAGGCGAUCUUCCCGGGACCGCUCCACUAUCGGGCGCUACAACGCCUAAAAGCUUCCUGCCUAAGGAAGGGUCAGUCGUACGAAUCCAACAUCACGCUGGAUGAAGAAUCCAGGGAGGAACUGGACUGGUGGCUAACCCACAUGGAAGCAUGGAAUGGACGGGCAAUCUUCGGAUCCACUCCAGACAUGAUAAUCGAGUCGGAUGCAAGCUUACAUGGCUGGGGCGCGCGUUGCGGAUCCAUAUCCACAGGAGGCAGAUGGUCAGUAGACGAAUCAUUCCUACACAUAAACUCACUGGAACUACUGGCGGCCUCAUUUGCCAUUCGCAGCCUCACACCCAGGGGCGCCUCAUGCUCGAUCCUCCUCAAGUUAGACAACGUCUCGGCAGUCAGGUACAUAAACCAUCUUGGAGGUACCAAGUCACGCAUCCUAGCGGUUUUAGCUCGAGACUUCUGGCAUUACUGUUUACAAAACAAUGUGUCGGUGACCGCGGAACACAUACCAGGCCUGGACAAUUACACCGCGGACUGGAACUCCCGAUAUCUGAGGGAUUUAGGAGACUGGAAGCUUCAACCGAAAGUCUUCGCCAGGAUAGCUCGACUACGGGGUCCCUUGAGUGUGGACCUCUUUGCGUCCAGACUAAACACUCAACUUCCUCAAUUUUUCAGCUGGCGACCGGACCCGGAAGCCUUAGCGACAGACGCUUUCCUUCAGGACUGGACCGGGGGACGAGCAUACGCCUUCCCCCCGUUCAACCUGAUUGCUCGGACUCUAACAUACAUUCGACGCUACAGAACCUCGUUGGUCUUGAUAACACCGUGCUGGAGAUCCCAACCCUGGUUCCCUCACCUUCUGGAAAUGGCGAUCGACUUCCCACGGUUACUACCGGAUCAAACGUCCCUGUUAACCAACCCGGAUGGGGAGAAUCACGACUUGAUAGAACGGGGAAUCCUCCGACUCAUGGCAUGGCUCCUUUCCGGGGACCCUGGGAAAUCACGGAAGUUUCGAGAACAACUACCCAACUCUUGGCGAACGCCUGGGCACCGGGAACACGGCGCACAUACGCUACGGCAUGGAGAGCUUGGUCCGAUUGGUGCCUGGAGAGAUCAGUGGAUCCCAUAUCAGCUUCUGUAAAGACGGUACUGGACUUCCUCACUCAAUUGUUCAAAUCAGGCAAGGCAUUCCGUACAGUCAACAUCUACAGGUCCGCUAUCUCAGCAGGCCAUGAUACGGUGGACGGGACCCCUCUCGGUCAGAACCCCCCUGAUAUGUCGCUUAUUCAAAGGUAUACGUUUCUCACGACCACCUAAACCCAGGUACGGAUCCUUUUGGGAUGUCAACAUAGUGUUCAAAUUCUUGGAAGACUGGCCCGACAACGUGGCACUGUCAAUCAAACAGUUGUCCGCUAAACUACUCAUGAUUUUAUGUUUAUUAUCCUGUAAACGGGUAUCAGAUGUAAGGGCUUUGGACUGGCUAGCCCGAUCAUUCACUCCAGAAGGGGUGUCUUUCGAUAUUUCAAGAAGAACUAAAUCGGCGACUAAACAAGUUUUCUAUCCACACCUCCCGCACCAACCAAAGCUAUGCCCAAUUCUGUGCCUAAAAGAAUACGAAACCCGUACUUCUUCCCUAAGACCGUCAAACUACGGCCCGUUGUUCAUUUCACUAAAGAAACCGCAUCUACCAGUGUCCACACCUACUCUCGCCCGUUGGGCCAAAUGGUUAUUGGCCUCGGCCGGGAUAGACGUUACAAUUUUUUCGGCCCAUUCGGUCAGAGGCGCUAUGGCUUCUAAAGCUUCGACGUAGGGUGCCGGUUAGAAGACAUCCUUAAGGCCGCAGACUGGUCUACGGAAUCCACAUUCCGGAAUUUCUAUUUUAAACCAAUCCAACAUUUUUCGGAAAGAGUCAUUGCUCAGCUUUGAAAGAGCAUAAUAGGAGCCUCCGUGUCUUUAAUAAAAUUCCUAGAUUUUACUAUUAACAUGACGUAAAGUCAUGAUUUUAUUAAAGACACGUAGGCGAGUAUUAUUCCCUCCCACCCUCCCUGGGUGGAGGGAUUGGUUUUUCUCACGGAUACCAACCACAGAUCAGGUGGACUCCUACAAUGUAGAUACCUGUAGGUGCGCUCAUACGUCUCUCAGGUAGGUGACUUUGUGAUAUAGUAGAUAUAAUCUUAUAUUACCUUUUGAUAUGUCGACAUGACUACUACGUUAUACGACUUAGUUUUUACCUACAUGAAGUUACAUGAUGCAACCAGUUGCCGACCAUAUAUUACCAUAUUUUCUCCUCUCUUUUAGCCUGAAUCAUACUGUCAAAGUGGUGAUUUUCCGUUACAAAGCGUUACAGUCUAACCUCAAGGAUUGGACAUUACCUUUCGCCCACUGUUCCUGUUCGGGCCAAGUUACAGUUCGGUUAUGGAUCUGGUCUUCGGAUCACGGAAGAAAGAGGAAGAAGCAUGGAGUGCUACACCUUAUAUACUAAGGGGGUGGAUACCUAUGAGCACUGUUCCAUAUGCUAAUGUUAUUGUUAUUUUUUCUCUCAUUUGCAUAUAUCUCUCUUCGCUGCUGAGGGAGAAUUAAAGAAAGAGAAGCAUAAUACUCGCCUCCGUGUCUUUAAUAAAAUCAUGACUUUACGUCAUGUUAAUAGUAAAAUCUAGGAAUUUUAGCCUAUAAUAAUUUCAAAUUAUAGGCUAAAAUUAGCCUCGGUGUAAAGAUUUUCCAAGUCAGCUGUUUCAGUUCUGCCAUUUUGGUGUAAAUUUUAAUUUGAAUUCCUGACAAUUUGCACUUAAAGGGUUACUCCAACCCCCUCCGAGCAGCAUAUUUUUCUAUAUAAAUGCCCUUUUGGGCUCUAUAACUUUGGACCCCCUCCCUCAAAACACACAUUGUGCUGUAAACCUAUCAUGAGAGUCUAUCAUGCAAAUCAAGGUAAUAUUAUCACAAGAAGGUAAGAAUUUGUAAUGGUGCACGUUUGUGGAACUAAUAUCCUUCGAGAUAGAUGGAGAAAGAUAUAUAUUGAUAUAUGGAGCCAUAGUCGUGUGUUAAUGUGGUGUACACACUGUAGUGGGAUUUACUAAUUCACUAUUCUCCUUUAAGUUCCAUCCUGGCUGCCCUGUUUGUGCAGAAUGGAAAAGGUUGAUUCUAAAUCAUCAUAUGAACAGAAAUGGUGAAAUACACUGGGGAAACUGCAAUCCAUCAUUAUGGCCUACAAAUUACUGGGAAGUAGCAAAGGUAAAGAUGUCCUGUAAUUUUAAUUUCAUAGCUCAUUAAGAUAAUGUUCAAUGAUCAACUUUUCUAUGUUUAUUCUAUUUAAACAGUAAAGUUCAUUUUCACCGACUUUAUUACAAUCUGUUGACGUUUUUAUUAAGGGUAGGGUGUGCAGGUAAAGUAAGAGGCUAAACACACUUACCUCUCCAGUAUUCUGCAUAUUUGAACUUUUCUAGUGGUAACCUGCAUGCAUGGCAUUAUGGGAUUUUCAUUUCAUGCCAGAUAGUGCCUUACUAAUCUAACAGACAAUGUAAACCAAAAUGGCUUUUCCUGAUUAAACCAUGGCAGCAUUGAUGUUUUUUCCACAUUUAGCCAAUGCUAUGGUUUAAUCAGGAAAGGAGAAUUACGGUAAGUAUGGAAACAAUGUUCUAAUUUAGUUUCAGUUGUGUUACUAUACCAGCAGUGAUAAUUUGUCAUUAACCCCUUAAAGAGACACUAAUGACACCCAGACCACUUUAUCUUAAUGAAGUGUUCUGGAUGCCAUGUCCCUGUUGUUUUAACUCUGCAAUGUAAAACAUUGUUGUUCUGCAGGAACGAUGCUGUUUACAUUGCAGGAUUUAAAUGUCUUUAGUCGCUGUCACUCAUUUCUGCCGAAUUAGCUGAGUGAUACUAUUUUAACUAGAUGGUCUCAUAGAGGCCGUCUUAUUGGCACAGCAUGGUGUUUGGCCUCGUUCAUGCACACACUAGCCGCCCAAUGCUUUGGAAAGUAUUGGAUUGGCUGAGAUCAUCAAUGGGACAGAGGCGUGGACUGCAGCGCCAAGACUGACACUGACACUGAAAGAGAGAAAUCGGUAAGUAAAACUGCUGUUUUACUUAUUAUAGGUGUGGACUGAGAAGUUAAACUGUUAACAACACUAUAGUACUCCUUUUAGGUUAGAGGCAAUUGUCCAAGUUCUGAACCAAAGCAAAACCUAGAAUGUGUGCUUUGUGUUUGUUCCACCAUAAUUUAAAGGGACACUAUAAGCAUCAAAACAACUUUAACAUAACUAAGCAGUUUUAGUGUGUAGAUCAUCCCCCUGCAUUCUCUGCCAUUUAAGAGUUAUUUAUCUUUAGUUUCUGUUUAUGCAACCCUAGCCACACCUCCCCUGGCUGUCACUCACACAGCCUGCAUGGAUACAAAAAAAAUGGUUUAAUUUUUUCAAUCAGAUGUUAGCUUGCUUUAGAAGUUUUUUGCUCCUACUCUGUAAAUUGAAUGUUAAUCACACACAGGAGACUCCUGUAGGGUCUGGCAAGAUAUUAACAGAGCAGGAGAUAAGAAAUGUUAAAUAAAACAGAAUGUAUAAUAGAGGAAGUUUAAACAUUAGAUCUCUCUUUACUGGAAGUGUUUAGGAAGGCUGUGUAAGUCACACACAGGGAGGUGUGACUAGGGCUGUAUAAACAAAGUGAUUUAACUCCAAAACGGCAGAGAAUUGAGCAUUGAAACUGCAGGGGCAUUACCUAUACCCAAAAACUGCUUCAUUAAGCUUAACAUAGAAACAUAGAAUGUGUCGGCAGAUAAGAACCAUUCGGCCCAUCUAGUCUGCCCAAUUUUCGAAAUACUUUCAUUAGUCCCUGGCCUUAUCUUAUAGCUAGGAUAGCCUUAUGCCUAUCCCAUGCAUGCUUAAACUCCUACCACUUCAGCUGGAAGGCUAUUCCAUGUAUCCACUACCCUCUCAGUAAAGUAAUACUUCCUGAUAUUAUUUUUAAACCUUUGCCCCUCUAAUUUAAGAGUAUAUCUCUUAAUUGUGGUAGUUAAAGCUAAAGUAUUUUGGUGCCUAUAGUGUCCUUUUUACAGGUUUCUCUUUUUAAAUGCCCCCAAACAUGCUAUAUACUGUAUUUUUGUUUGUUUUUUAAAUGACAGAAAAUAAUUUCUUUUAAUAUCCUAUAUGUAUGCCUAACACAACAUCAAGUGUGAAUAAAAUGUUAGAAACAAGGGGGUGUGAGGAAUGAAAAAAAAAUCAACUAUCAUCUAAUCAUUUUUUCUUUUAAUAAGUUUUACACAUCCAGUGAAACUAAAGAAAAAUAAUGGAUUCCGGUAUCAGUCCUUAUUGUUAAAUGUCUCAUCUGUCUAGGACCUAAAUUAAUAAAAUGAAUGUUUGGUAGACGAUGUUAACCCUUUACCAACCCCCACCUAUCACUACCUCUAACACUAUGCUUACACUAACGCUAUCUGUAUAUCUAUAUCUACCUUAACCAUACUCUAUAAUUAACCCUUACUGAGCAUUAACCCUUACAGUGACACUAGCCCUUUAACACUGCUCACACCACAAGCUAGCUAUAGGGAUUUAAAAGCCUAUAUAAUGAGCUGUACGCACUGCUUAGUUUAACCACUGCAUACAGCUCAUCUGCCAUUCUGAGACAGCCAAAAAGUAAAUGAAUGUUCCAUGCUCUCCUAGUGGCAUUAAAGCCCACUCUGUGCGUGACGAAAUUGAAUAUCCUAACUUCAGGAAGGGGUUAAAGAGGUGCUAUGAAUUGUGAUCCUUUUGUGUAGGAAGAAUGUGGAUGGGUAGCGUUCUCUCUAGAACUGCAUAAACUACUAAAGGUUGGACAAUCAUCCACAGACACAUUCCAUUACACACACACAUAUAGAGAAUGGGUGGAAAUCUUGAUAAAUGUUUUGUAUAGAUACCGAGUUGUUAAUACUAUAUAUAUCUGCCAUCAUAAAUUCGUGAAUACUUCAAUAAAAACUCCAUGAGUACACACUCUUUCAUAUUCUGUUAUAUCUUUGUGCAUGUCCUACUAAUUAACAAAGAAGUCCUGCUUCUCUUGAGGCACACAUAUUUAUAUAUUUAUUUUUUACGGUAGGCAUAUAUGCCACGUGGACAUGCAGACAAGAGAGGACCUGAGUUAUGUGAUGCAUCUGCCAUCCUCAAUUUGAUAAAUGCCUGCGAUCGCUUCCGAAGAUUUGAUAAUUCAAAAGUUAGAGCGGUAAAUACUUUCUAACAAACACGUGUAUAUAUAUAUAUAAAUUAUUCAUGGAAAAUAGCAUCCAUUUUCAUGCACUGUUAAUAAACCAACUUUUUUUCACUGCUACUAGUUAGUACUUAAUGCUUCUAGUCGUGAAAUUGGAAAUAGGUGUUUGUGGAAUUGUGGGGCAUGUAAACAAACGCAGGGGGAAAAGUAGCUCUUACAAGUGCAGCUAAUACAGUGGGAACAUUCCAUAUGUUUCUAUGGGGAUUUGUGUAAAUUAGAACUGUACUCCUCCAGUGACCUGUUCGCAAAACCAAAAUUAUGUUUCUCAUUAGGUCAGUCUUAAAAAUUGGAAAAACUUCAGGUAAUAAAGGGCAACUCUAACCAUAAAAUAGUGUGUUAAGAAAAUAUUGGUUUUGGUUACAGUAACCCUUCCUAUCCUGGUUUUAAAGGAAACGUCACUCUCUUCCAGCUCCGAGUCCAAGUUCUCCCUUUAGCUUACAUUGAAAUCACAGUCCCUAGAUGCCGGGGGAUGGAUGGAGGGUGGGUGAGCUUGCCGCCUUGGAGUUACACCUCCAGCAGCACAGGGGUUCCAUCUUUAUAGCAAAACACUCCACAUACAGACUCCAGGCACUGUGUCCACCUUAAGUCACUGACGUGGUUGUGGUGCUUGGAGUAACCCUUUAACUGUCAUAUUGUUCUAACUCAUAUGCACUAUUUGUAAUUACAUGUUCUAAAAAGUUCAUAUUCCAUGAAGAGCUUCUUGGUAAGUUCUACAUCAUGUAAUUCAGCUUCCAUUCCCGUUGCUUCCUGGUAUGCUGAAGGAAGAAAAAGAUUGGAAGCUCAAGCUUGUGUCAAAGUUAACCAUGAUAGAAGUCAUAAGUGUGCAUACUUGGGGGCUCACAAGUGCUUAGCGUGCAUAUGGGAAAUACGACUUUGGCAAGUGGUAGCUUGCUGGGUGAAACGAAUCAAUGCAAGAAACUCAUAGAGAAAACUUACCGUAUAUACUCGUGUAUAAGUCGAUCUCAUGUAUAAGUCGAGUGCAGUUUUGUAACCAACAAUUGUGAAAUAUGCUAUGCCUCGUGGAUAAGUUGGGGGUAAAACUUGGGGCUAUGAAAUUCUGUGAUUUUUAGAAUUAUAUACACACACACUCAUACACACACACACACACACUCAUACACACACACACACACACUCAUACAAACACACACUCUGCAUUAUAUACACACAUACACUCAUACAAACACACACUCUGCAUUAUAUACACACACACUCAUACAAACACACACUCUGCAUUAUAUAUACACACACUCAUACAAACACACACUCUGCAUUAUAUACAGGGCCGGACUGGGAGAAAAAUUCGGCCCGGGCAUUUUUUUAACACAGCGGCCCACUAAAAAGGGGGCGGGGCAUAGGAGGUGUGUUUUGUCAUCACCAAUGACAAACACGCCUCCUCUCAAAGUGAGCAUGUUGGUUCAAUGCUCUUCCAGGGCAGACCAUGCGCAGAGCUCUGCUGAAGAGCUCUAGCAUGAGAAAAAAGUCCUGUAUUUGUUCUGCACAGUGCAAGCAAAUUUAAUAACAUGCUUGCACUGUGUUUCCUUGCAACUUGUCUCUGGUGUCUCUAUAAAUGGAUACCAGGAGACAAAAGGCCAGGAAAGAGUAUUGUGCAUGUGUUUGGAGCCUGCUUGUGGUAUUGCGUGUGUGUAGAGUGAGCUGGUCGUGGUGUGGUAUUGUGUAAUAAGGUCGGUUUUAGUCGUGUUGUGUUUGUGGUGUAAUGUGAUGCAUAUGUGGCUCAGGGACCCCCUCCCGCCCGGCUCUGGAAAGGGGUUAAAACUUACCUUUUUCCAGCGCCGGGCGGGGAGCUCUCCUCCUCCGAUCCGCCCCGUCGGCUGAAUGCGCACGUGCGCACGCAUUCAGCCGGUCGCAUAGGAAAGCAUUUAUAAUGCUUUCCUAUGGACGCUUGCGUGCUCUCACUGUGAUUUUCACAGUGAAAAGCACGCAAGGCCUCUAGCGGCUGUCAAUGAGACAGCUGCUAGAGGCUUUGGGGGAAGGCUUAACCUAUUGAUAAACAUAGCAGUUUCUCUGAAACUGCUAUGUUUAUAAAACAAUGGGUUAACCCUAGAAGGACCUGGCACCAAGACCACUUCAUUAAGCUGAAGUGUUCUGGGUGGCUAGAGUGGUCCUUUAAGAGUGUUGUGUGUGUGUGUGUGUGUGUGUGUGUGUAUAUAUAUAUAUAUAUACACACACACACACACACACACAUAUAUAUAUUUGGAAGUAUUGUGUAUGUGUGUGGUGCAGUGUGUUGGGGGGGUUCUGUGUGUAUGUGAGGGGUGCAGUAUGUGUGUGUGUGAGGGUGCGGUGUGAGUGAUGGGUGUGAGAGUGCCGUGUGAGAGUGCCCUGUGUGAGAUGGGUGUGAGAGUGCUGUGUGAGAGAGUGCUGUGUUUGUGUGAGAGUGCUCUGUGAGAGUGCUGUGAGUGUGAUGGGUGUGAGAGUGCUGUGUGAGAGAAUGCUGUGUGUGUGUGAGAGUGCUCUGUGAGAGUGCUGUGUGUGAUGGGUGUGAGAGUGCGGUGUGAGAGAGUGCUGUGUGUGUGUGAGAGUGCUCUGUGAGAGAGUGCUGUGUGUGAAAGUGCUGUGUGAGAGAGUGCUGUGAGUGUGUGAGAGUGCUCUGUGAGAGUGCUGUGUGUGAUGGGUGUGAGAGUGCUGUGUGAGAGAGUGCUGUGUGUGUGUGAGAGUGCUCUGUGAGAGAGUGCUGUGUGUGUGAUGGGUGUGAGUGUGAUGGGUGUGAGAGUGCUGUGAGUGUGUGAGAGUGCUCUGUGAGAGUGCUGUGUGUGAUGGGUGUGAGAGUGCUGUGUGAGAGAGUGCUGUGUGUGUGUGAGAGUGCUCUGUGAGAGAGUGCUGUGUGUGAUGGGUGGAGGUGGAUGGGUGGAGAGUGCUGUGUGUGUGUGAGAGUGCUCUCUGUGAGAGUGCUGUGUGUGAUGGGUGUGAGAGUGCUGUGUGAGAGAGUGCUGUGUGUGUGUGAGAGUGCUCUGUGAGAGAGUGCUGUGUGUGUGAUGGGUGUGAGUGUGAUGGGUGUGAGAGUGCUGUGAGUGUGUGAGAGUGCUCUGUGAGAGUGCUGUGUGUGAUGAGGUGCUGAGAGUGCUGUGUGUGAUGGGUGUGAGAGUGCUGUGUGAGAGAGUGCUGUGAGAGUGCUCUGUGAGAGAGUGCUGUGUGUGAAAGUGCUGUGUGAGAGAGUGCUGUGAGUGUGAUGGGUGUGAGAGUGCUGUGUGUGAUGGGUGUGAGAGUGCUGUAUAAAUGUUAUUGUGUGUGUGUAGGGGGGUAAAUAAAAAAAAAUAAAAUCAUUAUUUCCCCCCCUCCCUUCUUACCUUUAGCCUGGGAGGGGGGUCCGGCACGCUGGGAGGCGGGGUGGCAGGUGGUCCUCGUGGGUGAGUGAACUCUAGCCUGUGAGGCUAGAGUUCACUCUCGCGAGAUCCGGUUGUUGCCAUGGCAACGCGCCGGAUCUCGCGAGAGGAACCCGGCGGAGCUGCAAGUUAGAGCUCCGCCGGGUCCUCUCUCCAGCCUGGCUGGCUGUCUCCCUCCCUCCCCGCCGGCGGCCGCAUGUGGGCCGGUCAGGGAGAUCCUUGAUCUCCCCACCGGCCCGUCGUGGCACAAAGCGGGGCCGGCGCUGGGAGCGUGCCGGCCCUGCAUAGACCGGCAGGGGAGAUCCUGGGACCUCCCCUGCUGGCCUCGGCCCCACGGACACCGCGGCCCACCGGGCAUUUGCCCGGUGUGCCCGAUGGCCAGUCCGGGCCUGAUUAUAUAUACACACACUCAUACAAACACACACUCUGCAUUAUAUACACACAUACACUCAUACAAACACACACUCUGCAUUAUAUACACACACACACACUCACACAAACACAUACUCUGCAUUAUAUACACACACUCUGUGUAUAUAAUGCAGAGUGUGUAUAUAAUGCAGAGUGUGUGUUUGUGUAGUGUGUGUGAACUGGGUGGGGGGAGGGCAUUUUUAUUAUUUUAAUUUUUUUUAUUUUAAUAUUAUUAUUUUAUUAUUUUAAUUUUUUUUUUGUCCCCCCCUCCCUGCUUGUUAACUGGUCAGGAAGGGGGGCUAUCUUAAUCCCUGGUGGUCCAGUGGCAUGGGCUGUGAAGUGGGGGGGCCGGCAGGAAGCAUUUACUUACCUUUCCUUCAGCUCCUGUCAGCUCUCUUCUCCGUUACGGUCAGCUCCACUGUAAGUCUCGCGGUCUGGUUGCCGCGCGGAUCGUUGCCAUGGCUCUGACGGCCGCGGCUCUCUAAGUUGCCAUAAUACAGACAGUGACUCGAGUAUAAGUCGAGUGGGGGUUUUUAAGCACAAAAAAUGUGCUGAAAAACUAGACUUAUACUCGAGUAUAUACUGUAAAUCUCUAAGGAACAUUUUUUAAUAUUAUUCAAAUGAAUACUAGAUUGCUUUAUUUUCAUGUAUAUCUGCUAUCUGUGUGUGUAAUGUUAAUUAUGAAACCUCUGCAUGGGUGUUUUUGUUGACUGUUAAAUAAAUUAGUUGAAAGUACUUAUGGGAGUUAUGCAAAUAUCUGAAGAGAUUUAACCGACAGCCCUCAUUUAAAAAUAAACAAAAACAUGUUAAUCUUUUGGUUUUGAGAUACAUGUAUUGUAUUUUCUGUGUUCAGUUUCUUGUGUACGUGCAAUGCUAAUUGCUCUCUUAUACAAUGUUCCUAGGUUAUAAAGUGCCGUAACGACUUAAUGCACUCUUCAGACAUGAGUGUUUCUGCAAACUGGCUGAAUGACUUUGGGAAUAAAUUGCAGAAUUUAAUAGCAGAGUUUAAACAUGUGCCCAAAAUAAAAGAUGAAAGUGGCAAAAUACUGCAGGUAAUAGCCUAUGCAUUUAUGAUUUCCUUCUACUACAAAUAAAAUUAAUGAAAACAAUGUGAUAGCUCAGAUGGUUAAAGGGACACUAUCGUCACCAGAAACACUACAGCUUAAUAUAGUUGUCCUGGUGUCUACCGCUUGACCCUGCAGGCUUUUCAAUGUAAACACUGCUUUUUCAGAGAACAAGAGUUUUUGUAGUAAAGUACCACCACACAGUCAAAAACAUGAGGAAACAAAAAAAUCGCUGUUUUGUAGAUAUACCCCCAAGGAAUACAUACAUGCAUUCAUUAAAGGUAUAUCUUAAAAGAUUUUGCAAAGGCUGCAGUUCUCAUGAAAUGCAUUUUUUGCAAACCCUCCCCCUUUUCCUUGGAAGAGACAUUUUUUAACUGGAUACUCAUUACCAAUAAAGCACAUGAGCGAGCUGAAGUUCUUCAUUGGUGUCGAGUGGUCCUCGAAAUACGAAAUGCUCUGUGACUUCUGAUAUCACGUGUCAUCAGGGCUAUUGCUAGAAUUCCAUCUUUAAUUAAUGGUGCAGUAUGGUGCUCAUUUCUGGAAACAGACCGUUAAUACUUGCAGCUAGUAAAACCUGACCCUGAUCAGUAUGAAGCUCUAGAUUUUACAUUAUACCGUAAUAAAAAACAAACAAAAAAAAACUUCCAACUCCCUAAAAUAUAAAAAAGCUCCCAAUUAAAUGGUGACAUUUGUUGCCUACAUGUUGUGUUACCUGUGAUCUGUUAUUGUGGAGUAUAAAACCUGCUAUUUUGUAGUAUUUACCUCUUGAGAUAUUUAUGAAAAGUUCUUUAUCUUUAGUUAAAGGGACACUCCAGAUCCCUAAACAGUGAAGAAUAUGUUCUCUCUUUUUUUCCAUUUUACAAAAAAAAAGGGCAAAUCUCACUAGAAAUUCUCACUUUGUGUUACUUAAUUUGGUCAAUUAGACAAAAACAGGUUCUGCAACUUCCUAGUUUGGUUAGCUCUGUGAAGCUAAACUCAAGAGCCCAGAGCAUCUGACUUGCAUUGAGCUGCAUUAGGAGGUCUGUGAUUGGGCAGCCACAGAUAUUCUAGUCGGGGUUAGAAGGGGGGUGGGGGGAGUUUGCAAAGGCUGCAGGUUUUGCAGGCUGUUUUUAGACAUACCUCCAAUUAAAAAAAUGCAUAAUUAAAUGCAUGCAUGUUUUCAUUGGGGCUAUAUAUACUAAACAGAGUUUUAGGGGUUUUUUUUGGCAGUGAGUUGUCCCUUUAAACAGAGAAAUGAGGUGGAUCAGCACUUCAUUGUCUCUCCAUUACUAAUAGGUGAAAGCGAACAAUGAGCCAACUGACCAGCUUGUUUUCAUACGAGUUUUAUCCUUCUGAGUGCCUUGACUUGACACGAAACUUUGUCAGAUGCACACAUAUGAGUAAUAAAAUUCCUGUAACUUGGUGAUGGGGCACCAUUGUUGAAUUUUGUACUUUUGAGGCCCAAUGUAGGUUGUUACAGGAAUAUGAUUUGAAAGGAACCAUGCCACAAAAGCAGUGUGAAGACAAAACAUUAAAAAAAAAACCAUAUAUACACGUAUUCCCUUUAAGAAUAAUUGUCAAAGCUGACCAGGCCUUAAAAGUACAAAAAAAUAAAUAUAUGACAACUUAUUGUCACUUCUGAAUUUUAAUAUUAUCUUUUCUAUUUUUCAACCAUCACAACGUAGGUGUUGUCAUCAGAUUGGUUUGUUGAAGAUUGUGAUCGCUAUGAAACUGAUGGAUUGCCAAGUAGAGAGGAAACAACAUCAUUGUCUGUGUAUGAAGUAGAAAAACAGCUAAUACAACAGCUGCUGGAAGAAACAUACUUUCAGAUAGAAGAUAAAAACACAUGGACUCAACAGGUACAAAAAUGUUUCUCUCAAUGUGCCAAAAAUAAACAAAACUGUUUCAUUUCACAAUUUCCCUGUUCCUUUCUUCUUUAGGACAAUGACACUUUGCAAACUAUCAAGAAGUUUUUAUCAGAUAAUGAAGAUCUUCAUUCUGAUUUUAAGGCAGAUAUAGUGAGAUUUGAAAGUUUGUAUUCCCAUCUUACAUUUGCAGAAGGUGAGUUAAGCUUUGUAUUUCUUUGGCACUCACACCUUUUAUGUGCGAUGUGUACGUUAGGUCAUCAGAAAUGUCUAAUAUUUUAACAUAAUCUUUGUUAUUAUAUAGCAUCUCUUACCUAUUUAUUUUUUUAAUUUGGGCAUAUUGAAUAUUUAUUUUUAAGCAAUCACUUGACUACCUUCCACACUCCUCCCGUUUUGAUAACCAUCUUUAUGCACAUUCGGUCAGAUUGUUUGUUAUAUCACCCAAUGCUCACUAUUUUGCAACAAAUCAAAGUGCAAUUUCUCAUCAGUAAUUAAAUGCACCUUGUGAUAAGCGGUAUUAAUGUUAAAAGCACUGAGUAAUAUGCAAUAUUGUAUCCAAAGGCAAAUUAUCUCUCCAAUUAUCGCCUAUUUCCGACUUCAUCAAAGUCAGUGUCUUAGUCAUAAAAAUAGCACUUGAUAUAAAUAUUGACCCACCAGAGACCCCGAUAAAAUACCAGCAUGUGACUCUAAACCCCUGGAACAGUUUUUGACCAGGACUGUUCUAGCGGCCGGGCAAAACUUUGAUGGGGUGGUGCUUCCCCAAACCUCCACAGAUCAGGGCGCUAUUUAGCCUUCUAAUGAAGACUGUAAUUGUCUUCAUUCAUACAAAAAAAAGACCCAUGGAUGUCUGCAGAAUUAUUCUUAUCUAAGAAAAAUCCACAAACUUUAAAUAACAGCAAAAAAAAAUAAAUUCUAGUAUAUAAAUUAGAGUGGCUCCAACUGAAGUAAUAAGCCUUGGCAAAAUCAGGUGAAUUUUUGUUCCAAGUUAUAAGCAAAAUGUACAGAAGGCAGGCUAAGCACAAGCUUAAUUAGAAGUAGGCUAUAUCACCGUGUUAUUCAAUAGUAAAACGCCCCUUUUUGUUAAGGUAGCAAAGUACUGUAAAUAAUUAUGAUGCCUAUGAUAUAUAUAUAUUUUUUUUUUACUUUAAUUUAUAGGUUGUUCCUUGUAAGAAUGGAAUUGUGCUGAAGAAGUCGGUGUUAUAAUAUUCACACUACAUCUUCAAUGAACGUAGCUGGAGCUUGAAAUUUUUAAAAACUUAAUCAAAUGCUGCUUUUUACCAUCUGACAUUCUCUGAAAUAAGCACAUACUGUUAUACAAUGUGACCUAAUAAGACAUUUUCAGAAUUUCAUUUUUAUAUUAUUCUUUGACUUUUUAACUUAUAUUUUGUACUGAGAUAAAUACUAUUUAAUACAUGAAAGUGAAUCACUCCUUGAAUAUAAACCUAUUUAUCUUCAUGUGUUCUGCAGAAUUAAAUUUAGUCCCCAACACCUCACUCACUGUUAUAUGUACUCUAGGAUUGAUUACCAGCCUGUAUAGAGAAUUGAUUGAGCAGUGAAACUGCAGAGAUCUAUACACCUAAACUACUACAUUAAGCUAAAUUUAUUUUGACGCCUUUAGUGUCCCUUUAAGUUUGUCUACAAAGCAAUCCAUACACAAAAUUGCUGUGUUAUGCUUAUAUACAAUCCAUGCAUCCCUUUCUUCAAAAGCAUGUUAUGCUAAGAUUUUCUCAAUUAAAUAGAGCUCGGUAGUUUAAAGGUUAAAGGGACACUCCAAAUACAAAACACACGCAUGCAUUUAAUUAUGCAAAUUUUUUAAUUAGGGGUAUAUCUAAAAGAGGCUUGCAAAAGCUGCAGUUGUUUUGUCCUCCCCUUCUUUUUCAGCCCAGAGGUACAGCAAAUACAGUUGUAGAAUGGUAUGAUAUAUAUAUAUAUAUAUAUAUAUAUAUAUAGAUAGAUAUAAUUUCUCUACCAGGGUUCCAUUCCGAACUUAUGCAAAUGUGGUAAGACUGGAAACUAUGGGCAUCCACAACAUUGGACAACUGCUGCAACAGAAUUGCCCUGUAAUCUUCUCCAAUCGUGAUGGAGCUGCUAGUUAAGAUUUCAAACCUGUCAAUCAUACUUUCCUUAAAGAGAUGCUCCAGGCAAAUGUCCGUAUUUUGAAAGCUGAUUAAAAACCCAGAAAUACCACCAAACUACCUCCGUAUAUUUCUGGUCUAAUACAAAAAGACCAGGUUGUAUUUAAGCCGGACCUGUAUUCGUUACUUUUAUAUUUCUAAUUGGUGGUUAUUGUCCACCUUUUUAUAAUAAAAGUUUGAUAUUUUUUUCCAACUUACAUCUACUGGAGUCCUGCUUUGCAUCUAUUUUGUUGGAGCGAAAGGGGGAGAUUAAGCCACCCAUUCACAUCGGGGAAGGCACCCUAGAGCGCACUUUAC